CCUUCACCGUGGAAGUCAAUCGUGAACAUUUGAUAAGUACGUAUUUCAUUAGAAAAAUUGGUACCCGCCUGCGGGAUUCGAACACCGUUGUAUCGCUCGAUACGAAUGCACCGGACGUCUUAUCCUUUAGGCCACGACGACUUCGUAAAUUCUCUCUGUCUAUCCAUCCCCCUGCUAAAAGUCGUCACGUUACACUCAAGUACACAAUAACUCGAGGAGUAUAUAACAAGUCGAUAGCGCGCAUUCUCGCAGUAGCGCAUUCAUUCAUACCUGCACUAUUGCACAAUUCAGUCGCGCGCGUGUUAACUGAAGGGACGUUUUGUGAGUGUGUUCUGUGUUUACGGUGCAUUUGCGUUGUGCAAUUUAAAAAAAAAAAACAAAAAACAAAAACUAAGUACGAUGGGCUCCUUGCCUCGCGUCGCUGUGGUGACUGGACCCAGAGCGGCCGUCCCGACUGCCCCCCUCACUCACCACCUCGGCCCUUUAGCCAAGAGCGACAGGACAGCUCUUAUUUACAAAGACGAGAUCUCCAGCGUUCAGGUCAGUCAUGCAGAGCUUGCAGCGAGGACUAAUGUCCUGGCGAGAGCUAUCAGCGAGAGGGCCAGGACUGUGGGACCGAACAGAGAUGGUGACUACGUAAUUGCUGUUUGUAUGCAGCCCACACACAAUACGAUAAUGGCGUUGUUAGCGACGUGGAAGGCAGGAGCAGCGUACGUACCAAUGGAGCCGAGCUUCCCUCAGGGCAGGAUCACUCACAUACUGAAGGACGCCGAACCUUCCCUUGUCAUUUAUGAUGAUAGCGCGGACCCCUCAAUGUUCAAGGAAAGCGGAGUACCGUUCGCGUCAUUCGAAGAGUUAGCGCAGGAAGCUACCAGCCACUCAGCCGACGAACCAAUGGAUGCGGAGACACUGGCGCCACUUACAAGUGACAGCAUCGCUAUCGUACUCUACACUUCUGGAAGCACCGGCAUUCCGAAAGGUGUGCGUUUGUCGUACUCGGCAAUCUGCAAUCGUCUCUGGUGGCAGUUCCGCACGUUCCCCUACUCCGACUCCGAAGAGAUCUGCGUUUGGAAGACCGCGCUCACCUUCGUGGAUUCCGUCUGCGAGAUAUGGGGACCGCUGCUGCACGGGAGAGCCUUGCUAAUACUGUCGAGGGAGACCACCAGGGAUCCUCAGAAACUUGUCAACGUCCUCGCUGAUAAUCAGAUUGAAAGACUCGUGUUGGUUCCAACUCUGCUACGUUCCAUCCUGAUGUACCUGGCGUUGGGCCCCGCCUCACGACCGCUGCGGCGUCUCAAGCUGUGGGUCUGCUCCGGGGAAACCCUCAGCAAGGAGCUGGCUUCGGAGUUCUUUAAGUACUUCGGCAAUGAGGACGGAUACAAGCUCGCCAACUUCUACGGAAGCACUGAAGUCAUGGGCGACGUGACGUAUUACGUCUUGGAAGGCAGCGACCAAUUGGAUUUGUACCCGACUAUUCCUAUUGGGAGGCCCUUGGACAAUUGUGCGAUAUACCUGUUGGAUGAGGAGUUGAGCCCGACCCGUGAUUCCGAGCCGGGCGAGGUUUGGGUCGCGGGAGCUAAUCUAGCCGCUGGAUACGUUGGAGGCGGCGGCGCGAACCGUUUCUGUGAUAACCCUCACGCCACUCAACCUGAAUUCCAACGUUUAUACCGCACAGGAGAUUUCGGGACUCUUGUUAAGGGCGCGGUGCUGUACGCCGGUCGCACGGACGCCCAGGUCAAGAUUCGAGGACACCGCGUGGAUCUGCUGGAAGUGGAAAGAGCGCUGGCCCAAGUCCCAGGAGUUGACAAGUGCGUGGUGCUAUGCUACGGUUUGGACAGAGGCAACCCUGAGAUCCUCGGCUUCGUCACAACCAAGCCGGGCGCCCGGACCAGCGCGCAGCACAUCGAGGGCAAGCUCAGAAGCGCCCUGACCCACUACAUGAUGCCACAGGUAAUCGAGGUUGAAAGCAUUCCUCUGCUGGUAAACGGCAAAGUGGACCGGCAGGGUCUCCUUAAGAUGUACGAGAACACGAACAACAAUGACGACGCCGAGGUAGCCGUCGACAUUGACUGCAGUGGCGCGGGGCUCGCGGACCUGGAGGCAGCCCAGGCCCUCUUGGAGACGGUGGGCGCCGUGCUCGGCAGGGCCGCCAGAGGAACGCUGUCUCUGAGGUCCGGCUUCUAUGAGCUGGGAGGGAACUCUCUGAACUCCAUCUACACUAUCACCAAGUUGAGGGACAGAGGUUACUAUGUGGAAAUCAGCGACUUCCUGGGAGCUUCCACUCUGGGCGAGGUUCUGUCGAAGAUGUCGACGGAUCCUAAUGGCGGCGCCGACUCGAAGGAGGCCACGUUCACAGCCGUGCCCAUGAGGGAUGAGCACAAGAAGGAAGUUAUUGACAUGGUGGAGUCCUCGUUCUACGAGAAAGCCGAGCUGGAGCAGUUCUUGAAACACGAGAUCGAGACCAGGGACUACGCCGACUGCAUCGACGCCUGCUGGCCGGCGCUGCUGCAGGCCGGACUGAGUGUCGUCCUCAAUGACGUGAACAGCGAACCAGUAGCAGUGGCUUUGAACUUCGACGUGAGAGACGAACCUGAGAUCGAGUUGUCUGGAGGACUCGCCAAGAUCAUGGGAUUUUUGGAGUACGUGGAGGGUUCCGUGAGGGACACCAUGCUGCCCCAUGGGAAAGGUGCUGUGCUGCAUUCGUUCAUGAUGGCGACGAGUGAGCGUCUGAGCGCACGAGACAAUGUGUCCGCCAUCCGCGCUCUGGAGCUAGCCACAGACCGAGUAGCGAGACAGAGACGCUUCAGAGGCGUGUUCACGACCAACACGAGUCCGCUUACGCAGCAACUCGGCACAGAUAUACUCGGAUUCAAAACACUGCUAGACUACCAAAUAAAUCAGUACGUGGACCCCAACGGCGAAAGGAUCUUCGGAAAAGCACCUGACGAUAUGAGGGCUAUUGUGUGCUGGAAACCCUUGGACUAAUUGACCUGCAGCCGGGCGGUAGCACGAUACGAAAAAAUCCUGAAGGCUUUCUUGUUGAUUUAAAACGUUCAACAAAAUAUCUGUGGUAAUUCGAAUUGUGAAUGUCUUUGAAGGUUUGAGUACCGGUGUUCAGUUCAAAUAUCAAUCGAAUUGUAACGAGUGGAAAAACAAAACGUGGCAAUAUCACUGAAUAAAUUAUUUUAAUGUUAAACUUGGAUACAAUUUAAUUUGAUACUUGAUUGAGCACAGCAUUAAAUAGCGUUGCAAAGAAUUUCUUUUUUGGAAAUACUUUGUUUAUUUCUAGAGUCGGAAAUCUGUAAUUUUAAAACUUAUCAUUAAUAUAUAAUUUGUUUUUUGUAAUUUAAAAUAGAAAGUUUUAUCAGAUUUACAUUCAAAUCCUUUGAUUGCCAAAAAGGCAAGUUUUCUCUAUGGUUCUCUGAACCAAAAGCAAUGGAAUCUCACCAUAGAAUAUUGUAGAAAAUAUGUUAUUUUACGUAUUAUUAGUACAUUCCAAAAUGUAGGUAGGUAUUAGGUACCUACGUAGGUACAUAUAUAUGUAUUUUAUGAAUUAAUCUAUGUUUAAGAUAAAAUAUUUGGCUUUAUGGUGUGAUAUCUUCGCCUUUUCUGUAUUGGAAAAUAUGUAGAAGACCAUUAGAAAUGUCAUUAUACAAAACGUUAUUUUUCGACUAUAUUAUUAUCUAAUAUAUAAAAUUCUCGUGUCACAGUUUUCGUUGCCAUACUCCUUCGAAACGGCUUGACCGAUUUUGAUGAAAUUUUUUGUGCUUAUCCGGUAUCUAUGAGAAUCGGCCAACAUCUAUUUUUCAUCCCCCUAAAUGUUAGGGGUAGUCCACCCCAAAAAUUUUUUAUUUAUUUUUUAGACAAAAUUUUUAAUUUCUAUUUUUUUAUAAUACAACAUACAAAAAUACAUACAAUCCUCAAUUUUCACCCCUCUACGAUUAACCCCUAUUUUUUAUUGGUUAAUUAAACUUUAAUUUUUUUGGCAAGAUUUUCAUUUUUAUUUUGUCAUGAAUUAAAAUAAAAAAUCUGAUGUUACUCUCAAAUUUUAAUCAAUCUAUGAUCAACCCCUAUUUUUUAUUUGUUAAUUAUAAACUUUAAUUUUUCCGGCAAGUUUUUUAUUUUGUUUUGUCAUGACUUAAAAUAAAAAAAAUCAUAUUACUCUCAAUUUUCACUCUUAUACGAUCAACCCCUAUUUUUCCAUCCCGAUUAAUAUUUUUUUUAUUCUAUGCACAGAUCCGCAAUAAGGUUGCAAGAUGGCAAUCAAAUAUUAUAAUUGUAGUACGAUAAAUUCUUAUUCAGAGUUUAUAAUAUCAAGUUCCUUUAAUUAUGAUUUUUUUAAAAUUGAAUUUGAUCUCCCGCCCUCGGCGGUCGUCUACUGAUCAACUAUCAAUCGAUCAGCUAUCCCCGCCAGGUGUCACCACUCAUCCAGCAAACAUCACGUAGUAGGGAUGAGGACGAAGCCGGUCUCCUGUCUUACGUACUCACUAUACAUCAUAGAUUAUACACUUAAUAUAUUUGAGAGCUAUACAAUACUAUACAUUUUUCAGCCAUGUUUUUUUGGUUUUAUUUGUGUAUCAAUAGUAUGUUCAGUAGGUCUGAGAAUCGGCUACUAUCUGUUUUUCAUACCCCUAAGUGAAUUUUUUUGCAUAUUUUUUUUUGUUUAUAAUUAGGUAUUAUGUGGUUAAAGGAGGUUUUUUUCUACAGUAGAAUUUCCCUAGAAACUUAUUUAAGGCAACACAACGUUUGCCGGGUCAGCUAGUGUAAAAUAAGUUUGCGUAAAUUAAAUGUUUAAUGCAGUUUUAAAGUAAGGAAAUUUGAUUUACGUAAAGUUUGUAAUUCUUGUUCAAUAAUUUUUUGCAACUCAGUGAUUACGUAACUAAAAGUAAUCGAAAAUGUUUAAUGAUUUAGACUGAUCUUUCAAUUAACAGAUGAUAAAUAAAACAGACAUUCAGAAUUGAGAGCCUAUAUAUUAAAUUAUAAUUUACAAAACCAAAAUUUUGUCUGUUGCAAAAAAAAUAACAAGUCAGUACACUACUUUUUAAUUUAGUUUGGUUAUAAUUAACAUGAUGGCUAACAUCGGAUAAUUUCGAAAAAUCAUUUCUAAAGAAAGUGGUCCAGUCUGACAUUGAAUUUUGUUUUUGUUUAUUUCCACGUCAAUAAAGUAUUACGUUGUUAGUAUUAAGCCUCGCGACAGUUGGUAAGUUUGAUAUAGAAUAGGGAUAAUUAGGAAUAUUCUGACAGCUAUAUCCAUAGAUUAUACACUUAAUAUAUUUGAGAGCUAUAUCGGACGACCACGAAUUGUUGUACCUAUUGUGAUGUUGUUUUUGCUUUGGACACGGUAAAAAUACAGACCGGGAAGCGAAGCAGUGUGAAACUGUGAUUAAUGAUCUUAUUGUAAUUAGUUACUAAAUAUAUUUAAAGUAUAGACUGUCGAAACUAUUUUGUCUCUCUAAAUAAAAUUAUUUGUAUCUCACUCGCUUAUAGUUUUUGAAGGCAAAUCAGGCGACAUUGACUGUAAUGUUUUUGAAACUAGGAGUUUUUAUAAAUCGUACUCGACCUGUCUCAUCUAGGAAUUAGAUGGCAUUAGUGAUUUUGAUAGAUUUGCGACUUGUUUAGCUAGUGCUGUAUUAAGGCAUUGGUUAAAAAAUCUUUUUGUCACAAUUUUAUUUAAUUGUACAUUGUAUCUAGAUAGAGAGCGAUAUGCCAGAGUAUGCUUACUAAAAAUACGUUAUAAUACUUGUAAGUUUCAAAUGAAACAUUCGCCUAUAUAGUUAUGUGAUUGAAUCGUAAAUGUAAUGCGAAUAAAUGUUAUGAAAAUUACAA